GGUGUGCUUCGAUAAGCUUUGCAAGUAUCCAUUUCAUAUCCACAGUUUGUCCCCAUCACCACACCAACUGUGCUUUUUAAUAUUACAACAUAGUAAAAAUGUUUAGCGUAUGUGUUUGAAGGAUGAUAACUGUCUGUUAUGGGUAGUUAAAUGACCGUCCGCAGUUACUUUACGGCAAACAAGGGGAGCGUCAGGUUAAACAUUCGCCAUGCAGUUGUGGCACGAGUUACUGCAUACUGAAUAAAUGAACUAUUUGAUUGUGUUUUGGGGGUAAAAAUGACCGAUUGCAAAUGUAACUUGUCCGAAUGAAUGUAAGUCUAGACUGAGUCCUUCUCUGACCUUAUUACUAAGUUAAAGCUCUUCAAGGACCAGAUUACAUUGGCUAACAGUUGCGCAAAGCUAUUCCUAUAAGCAUAUCUUUAUAUGUGUAGUUGAGGUGUACGAACCUCUCAACCUAAAGAUGGAUAAGGAUCCAUCAGGAUCAUCUAGCACUGGCUCCAGGAGUCCAGGAGGCUUCGGUCUGUUCGGAUCUGCUGGCCCGCAGUAUUCAAACACAGAGCUCGCUGGAGUGCCAUUGACAGGCAUGAGUCCAAUCUCUCCAUACCUUAACGUGGACCCCAAGUAUCUCUUACAGGAUACAGAGGAGUUCAUUUUACCCACCGGAGCAAAUAAAACAAGAGGACGCUUCGAGCUGGCCUUUUUUACUAUAGGAGGAUGCUGUAUCACAGGUGCAGUGUUUGGGGCUGUGAAUGGGCUUAGAAUGGGCUUGUCUGAUACCAGAAACCUGGCUUGGUCCAAACCUCGCAAUGUACAAAUCCUGAAUAUGGUGACCCGCCAAGGCGCCACAUGGGCGAACACUUUGGGUUCAGUAGCUCUGCUGUACAGUGCAUUUGGGGUGAUCAUAGAGAAAGCCAGAGGGGCGGAGGACGACCUCAACACCAUUGUUGCGGGGACCAUGACUGGUGUCCUCUAUAAAUCUCCAGGAGGUUUGCGGGGGGCAGCGCGGGGUGGGCUGGUUGGGCUGACUCUUUCUGGACUCUACGCUCUCUACAGUAACUGGGACCGUCUGAAGGGGAGCUCUCCUACCCGCUACUAA